AUGAUUAUCGCCACUCGCAGAUGUGGUUGUACACUGAAAAACGUUAAAUCAGAAGGUGAAAGAUCAGGAAACAGGCAGAAUUACUUCGAUCAAGAUCCCGUCAGAUUCGAGCAGUAUGAUUCGCCACUCAAAGAUCCGCCGAUUCGAGUAUGUUGUUGUUGCGGAGAGCAGAAAACGCCGGACACAUGUGACACCAGCGAUCGGGAAAAAUCAACGGAACGAAUCCCACAGAAACGGCGAGAAAAAAAUGUUUCGGAGAUGAAAAAGUCGAAAUUACCCUACAAAGAGAUCGAAGCGAUAAUAAACAACAAUCGAGUGGUGUUGAGAAUCCAAAAAAUAGCAGUCCAAGAUGAGUGGGACCCGCCCUGCGACUGCAAUGACGAAAGUUUCAACGCGAAUAAAGAUUCGUUGGAUGGCGAUAGCAGGAGCGAGAAUUCGUUGGCUUCCGCUUCUUACGGAGACGACGUUGUCUUCAGAAAGGUGGAAGACGAUGCAAAACCGUCAUCGGUUCUUCAAGAAAGUUUCCUCGAACCAGGAGGAACGCCCCGACGUACGAUCACCGUUGUUUCCCAUCCCAACGAGGAAAAACCACCGGCGAUUCCUUCUAUCAGCAACGAUAAUGACAAGAGGGACAGGAAGGAGAAAAAAGAUAGAGCAGAACAACCGAAGGUUCUCGCGCGACCCAUCGAACUCGAGGAAAAUCCUAAUUUGUUCAUACUCAAAAUAAGGAAGAAAAGCGACAGUUCCGAGGGCAGGGAAAAUAUCGAUCUAGAAUUUCGCACCCCUCGGCCAUGGUUACCGAAACCGAAAAUCAUUCGGAGACCUAAAUCACGAGCAGUCGUUAAACAGCCGGUUCCAAUACCAGAAGAAAAAAUCGAAGUCCCGGACAACGUUCGAGUUCUGAAAAGGGCGUCGAAGGGCAAGCAAGGGAAGCGGAAAAAAGGAGGAAAGAAAGGAGGGAAGAAAAAGAAAAAAUGAAAUGGAUUAAUCUGUCGAAAGAUUAAACGAAGAAA